AUGUUCAAGUCCGUUGCUGCUGUUGUCCUCGCCUCUGCAUGCGCCGCCAGCGCGAAGAACAUCUACAUCCAGGUGGCUAACAACGUCUCGGCGACGAAUGGCACGAGCGUCUUCACGCCCCAAACUGUGACAGCGAAGCUCGGUGACAUCGUCUUCUUCAACUUCACCGAGGGGAACCACACGGCGACGCAGUCGACCUUUGACGCGCCCUGCCUCUCCGCCCACGAGCACAACAUCUCGCUCAACGGCUUCGACUCGGGCUUCCAGGUCGUGCCCAACAACUCAUUCCUGCAGUCGUCGGUCCCGAUCCUCGAGUCGAACGUCAACACGACCUUCUGGUUCUUCGACUACAACACUUGCGGCAUCGGUGGUGUCGGCGCCAUCAACUUCAACGCCAGCAGCACCGAGACGAUUGAGGGCUUCGUUCGCAACGCUGAGCGCCUGAACGGCACCAGCGCUACGUCGACCUCCGCAAGCCCUUCCUCGACGUCGCCGUCCAGCACUGGCUCUUCUGCCUCGUCGACCACCACUUCGUCGUCGAGCGGUGCUGAGCAGAUCACUCUUGCCAACGUCGCUUUCGUGGCCCCUCUCCUCCUCGCUGGCCUCGUGCUCUAA